AUGAGCUUCGACACAGCGGCGUCCAUCCCGCUGGCGUUUGCCACUUCCCACAUCGCGCCUGCCGGUGGCGUGGGCCAAGCUGCUGUCACUAUCGCCCAGCAUGUCGGCGCAGGGGUCUUGGUGACUGUGGGGUUGCAAGUGAAGCGUCAAUUCAUGACUGACAAAUACGGCAUUCCCGACGACGGCAUCUUCUCGAGCAGAGACCACAUCUUUGCCUCCGGGAUCAUGCAGUCUGAACUGUGGAACUGUGUUGCACGCUUCGGCCGAUUCGUCGAGACCGGGAAGCGUAACCUGUGGGGCAACAGUAAGCUCGAGAUGGAAGUCUUCAAGCGCCAAGUCGCCUUUGCUUCACUCGACUUGCUCCAGAUGGAAGAGUUCAAGGGCGAGUGGGUCUAG